CUCUGGUGGAAGCACGAUCUCGAAGAUAUCCAAUUUCUUCAUCUGGCUACUUUCAGAAACAAUGGCGACCGAUGUUGUAUUCGACACGAGUAUGGGCUCCUUCACGGUAGAGCUUUACAACGAGCAUGCGCCAAAGACUUGCAGAAAUUUCGCGAUUCUGGCGCAACGAGGUUAUUACAACAACGUAAUUUUCCACCGCAUUAUUCCCAACUUCAUGGUACAGACCGGCGAUCCUACUGGUACCGGCAGGGGAGGCAGUUCAAUCUACGGCGAGAAGUUUGAGGAUGAGAUUCAUCCGGGUCUCAAGCACACAGGAGCUGGCGUCUUGAGCAUGGCGAACAGUGGACCCAACACCAACGGCAGCCAGUUCUUCAUCACCCUUGCGCCUACGCCGUGGCUAGAUGGAAAGCACACAAUUUUCGGUCGAGUGAAAAGCGGAAUGCGGGUAAUACAGCGAAUGGGACUCGUCAAGACGAAUUCUGAGGAUAGGCCGGUCGAUGAGGUCAAGAUUAUUCGCGCCAAAGUCGUGGAAGAAGGCGAGGAGUGAGACGAGCUGCAAUGCGUUCUAUCACAGACGUAUUUCAGGAUUCGAAGCUACGUGCACAUGCAUUGGUAUCUUCAUCACACGCCUCUCUCGGACGGAGUCUGGAGAAAGAUACUCGAAGGAUAACAGCCUAAACCUCCAGUAUGCGGGCACGAUGUACCGCUUGACGCCGUGGUGACAAGAAACGCGGCACUCGAAACGAGGCGCCAUGUUCACCCAGGCGUUAGGAAUUUGUACUAAGGUUGCUACAUGUAUAUGCCAUCUGUCUACCUUUUCCAUAGCACAGAGAGCUACAAUAUGACGAUAUGUAUCACUACAAACGAACCGCUUCCAUCAGAUGUCUCCAUCCGGAGCAGCAGAUACAGAGUGAUAUAAUCCGAUCUACCACUCCCUGUAAGGACAAGACCAAUGAAGGCUUGUCGGUAGAGACGAAUCUGCUAUGGUAAAGCGCAGAAUGCCGUGCAAAGCAC